AUGCCGACAGUGUUACUCCUAGACGUGUCUUUGUCCAUGACACGGCCGGUCCAGAUCACCGAGAAUUUGGAAAAAACGCGCAAGCAUUUGGCCGUUUUGGGCAUAAAUGCCUUCCUGGACCAUUUGAGUGUCCACUCCAGGCUCGAGUUCAUCUCCUUGAUGGCAUUUUCUUCACUUUAUGAGGAAAAAUGUCCCUUUACCAGAGAUUACAGCCUCAUUAAAAACGAGCUUCUCAAUAUCGACGACUACGACAAAACAUGCAUCGAAACGGCUCUCCAUGGCGUUAAUCAGUUGGUUUUAGGCGAAUGGGGAAAUAAUACAGCUUGUCAGAUAAUACUAAUUACUGAUGGAAGUACCGGUUUAGGCGCCAUGUCUCUGAAAGAGUCCUUCGCUAGUUUGAACCAACGAACGGCUGCAAACCCCUUUCCUGUACCAUUUUCAUUCCCCGCCAAACUCCACAUUGUCUGCAUCGCGCCUCCGAAUGACCCAAAUUUGGCCAAAUCAAAGUCGCUAUAUCAGCGAUUGGUCGAUUUGACCGGCUAUGACGGAUCAAUUUCAAUCCCCGAUGGUCCCUUAAACGAGACCACGGUGGUCAACAUGUUUCAAAAAUUAGCCGAAGACAUGUACACCUCAUUCAAAGGCACCCUAAAGUGUGGUAACCUCGAGUCUAAAAUAAUCCUCUCACCGGCCCCUGUCCCCUACACUAAAGUCACCGACUUCGACUACCAAACCUACAAUUUAUCAGACCUUAUCGAGGUUUGCGGCUUCAUUUCUGUAAGCGAUGUCGGGUCCCCAAUGGCCGUAAGCCGCCACUUGGUCCUCCCAGCUAGUGCCAACAAAGACCAUUUGCCAUUAUCCACCGAAAUCGACCUAACAGACGACGAUGCAACCGACGAGGGCAAAGUCCCCUCGUUCUGUGUCCUCUUGCACGGAGCCCUGAAGGUCGAAAACAUGGCCGCGUUGGUGACUCUGGCCGACAAUUGGUUCGGUUUCGUGUACUCUUGGGCCGACUCGAAGAAAAAAUCUAAUCUAAUGUUGACCAUUCUGACGCCGGGAUCGGAUGUUGUCCCCUGGCUGGGCGAUUUGAAUAAUCUGGGGCCCAUCGACUCGCCCCAGGAACACAUGGGGGCGUUCCCGGUACGUCCGCAGGAAAAAAGGAGCUACUCGCAGAAUGGGGUGGUUUGGAUCAGGCAAGCCGGGCUCCAGAGCGACAUACAGAAGAUUCUGAGGCAUGCCCGGAAACUGCCCGAAAAAACCCAACAGUUUUAUAAGGAGUUGAAUCGACUUCGGAAGGCCGCAAUUUCGCUCGGCUUCUUGGACCUUUUGAACGGUCUGGCGUACAUCUUCGAACAGGAGUGCAUGCAACUUCCAGGAAGCGCGCAUCCUGACUGUGCGCUCCAGCUCCAACACGCGGCCGAUGUUUUGCGAAAGACGCAAAAUCGCGAUAUUAAAUAUGUCGUUGUUCCUUUACAAACGAAUUACAACAGUUCUUAAUUUUUUA